CCACGCCCAUCUGUUGAAAUAUUGAAGAGGCAGGUUAUCAGGCUUUUGCUGCACUGUGACUGACUGUACUAGGAAGUGUCUGUCAUCAGAAUGGGCUCCCGUGCUUCUAGUUUACUGAGAGACGAGGAGAUCGAGGAAAUCAAGAAGGAGACUGGCUUUUCCCACAGCCAGAUAACUCGUCUAUAUAGCCGCUUCACCAGCCUGGACAAGGGAGAGAAUGGGACAUUAAGUCGGGAAGAUUUUCAGCGGAUACCAGAACUGGCCAUCAAUCCUCUAGGAGACCGAAUUAUCAAUGCAUUUUUUGUAGAAGGAGAGGAUCAAGUUAAUUUCCGAGGCUUUAUGAGAACAUUGGCUCAUUUCCGACCCAUUGAAGAUAAUGAAAAACCCAAAGAUGUGAACAACCCAGAACCCCUGAACAGCAGAAACAACAAAUUGCUUUUUGCUUUCCGUUUAUAUGACCUGGACAAAGAUGACAAGAUAUCCAGGGAUGAGCUAUUGCAGGUCCUUCGCAUGAUGGUUGGAGUGAACAUAUCAGACGAGCAGUUAGGAAGCAUCGCUGACCGCACAAUCCAGGAAGCAGAUCAGGAUGGAGACAGUGCCAUUUCAUUCUCAGAGUUUGUCAAGGUUUUGGAAAAAGUGGAUGUAGAACAGAAAAUGAGCAUCCGGUUCCUCCAUUAAAUCAAACAGCUGUAGGACACCAGCUGUUGCUUCUGAGAUUUUAUCCCUCCAGCAGUUCAGCACACGCUUCAAACUCGUAAUCAGUAAACACUAUAAGGGUCGUCAUAGGAAGAGCGUGAGGCUGUGACUAGGACAGCUAUGCUGCUGAUUCUAAUGUUAAAUGGGAAUUGAAUGUGAUUAUAUCCCUGAUGCCUUUUUAAGUCAUUUAGUACCAGAAUAAAUUGAGUAAUGCUUCGCUAGUUGCUCUAGUUGUGUAGAAGAGGCAUCCUAUACUAUGCUGUUUGCCAAGAUCAAACAGAUGUCAAGUUGUGCUUUUCAAUGUACAGGAUUUUUCUACACUAAAGUCUUUAGCGUGUUCUAGAUUUACUUUACGUUACAUUAAACAGACUGAUGUGGCUUAGACUUGCAGCAACAUACCACUUUAUAGAGGUAAAAAAAACGUUUGUUCUUAGCUAUCUACCUGCAUGUACCCAACUGUACGCUCCCCUCAAAGAAUUGUGCACAAAAGAAAACUAUGCAGUUUUAUGAAAAUCAUUUGUUUGAAAUUUGUGUUUUUGGAGUCACUAAAUGUUUUAAUGAGAAUAGUAAUACAAUCAUGAUUAAAGAGUUGGUUCUAUCCCAUUGUUUGGUCCAGAAUAAUAUAUCUGUAUUCUGCCUUAUUACAAAAAAAUAAUAAAAUAUCGGACCACUAUCUAUUGCAAGUGUGUAAUAGUUCUGCUAGUAGGAUGCCUGCAUGGAAUACAUUUGUAUGUAUAAACUUACAAGAUUUGUUAUAACCUCUUAAAGGGACAUGAAAACUCAAUUUUUUUUCUUUCAUUAUUAAAAAGAAAGUCAAGUCCAAAAUAAACUUUCAUGAUUCAGUUAGGGCAUGCAAUUUUAAACAAAUUUCCAAUGCACUUUUAUCACCAAUUUUGCUUUGUUCUCUUGGUAUUCUUAGUUAAAAGCUAAACCUAGGUAGGCUCAUAUGCUAAUUUCUUAGACCUUGAAGCCGCCUCUUAUCUAAAUGCAUUUUGGCAGUUUUUUCACCACUAGAGGGCAUUAGUUCACGUGUGUCAUAAAUAUAUUUGUCAUUUUAUAAAACUACAUAAAACUCUUGCCAGCAUAUAAUAUAAGUCUCUUGUUGCCCUUAAUCUCUGGAUGACUGAUUACUAAAUCCAUAUGAAGUAUUACUGAUACAAAACCCUUUAUCCAAACUGGUUGGGAUCGGAAACAGUUUAGAUUUUGGAAUAUUUGUAUAUUUGCAUCUGUAAAAUGGGACCAAGUGUAAACAGUAUCUUAUGCCACUUAGGUAAUAAUUACAUGUCAUAAUAUGACUAUCAUUUGCAUUUUAGGACACACAGUCUCUGCCUGCGUCUUUGGUUUGUUUUUUGGCUUACUGUUGGGGGAAAUUGUAAUUUUUAAUUUUAUUUAAAAUAAAAAAAAUACUAAUGAAA